AUGAAAGCCUCUACUUUGUUAUCUAUUACUUACGUUUUCGCUGGUGUUUCUGCCCAUUGGGAAGAAGCAUCCUCUCUUUCAACUAUAGUUCCAAGCAAGACCGAGCCAUGUACUGAUGAGACUACCGAAGUUCCACCUUCAGUCCCAAGCGAGACCGAACCAUGUACUGACGAAACUACCGAGGUUCCACCUUCCGUCCCAAGCAAGACCGAGCCAUGUACUGAUGAGACUACCGAAGUUCCACCUUCCGUCCCAAGCAAGACCGAGCCAUGUACUGAUGAGACUACCGAGGUUCCACCUUCCGUCCCAAGCGAGACCGAACCAUGUACUGACGAAACGACUGAGGUUCCACCUUCCGUCCCAGGCAAGACCGAGCCAUGUACGGAUGAAACUACCGAAGUUCCACCGGUUGAAAGUAAGCCAUGUACUAAUGAGAGUACCACUCUCAUUACUCAAACCACUACCAAUACCCAAACUCCUCCUCCAACUAGUAUCCACACUGCUCCAUUGAUCCCGGUCCUCUCAGAUUCUUCCCCAGCUGGAAACUACACCGUUCCAGUCGUCCCGGUUUCAACUUUCCCAGUGGCCCCACCACAACUGACCGUGCCACAAACCGUCUCAUUGGUCGGCGGGGCCAACGGUUUGGGAGGCGUUACUGCCGGUGCCAUUGCUGGCCUUGUUGCAUUCUUGUUAUAA